AUAUGCUCUGCUCGAGCCAGCUUACCGCGGGUCGAGAACCAUGACGGGGAACCAAAGAUGAACCGAUGGUUCAAUCUAGUUCUCGAGGAUACAAAUGUGCUAGUGGAAGACCUCCGUCCGUGGAAACGAGCCAAUCUAUUCGAACGCCGACCGCAACCCCUCGUCACAGAAGUCUACAUCGAUACCUCACAUUUAUCUUACAAUCAAGCACUGGUGAUCGUGGACGAAGCCGAUAAGCGAUGGGAUGUUGGUGGCGCAUUAGGCUCUUCCUCGGAAUUCGAGCAGCAGCAACACAACUCCUCCAAGAGCAGUUCCAGGGCCCAGGAAAUCGUGCUUGAACGGUGGACUAUCGAAUUGGGAAACAAGAACGACUAUCAGCCAUCUGAGCUCGACGAUGCUCUACCAAAUGUCUACAAAAAAGGUGUCGUCGUCUUCCGAUCCCUGUUCACGGUUGCACGCUAUCUACCCGCCUGGAAACUGCACAAGAGACUCGCUCGAAAUCCCGGCAGCGCACAGGCGUUGAAACUCAAAUAUCGCAUCCGUCAAGGCACUGGUCAUGUUCGAGACGAUCGAGACACCCUAUACACUCCACUCUGUCCGUCGGAGGAAGCCUCUGGCUCAGCCGUUGGCACGCAUAGUACUGCACCUCUUCUAUGUUCAGCUGGACCACUCUCGAUAUCGGUCGAUUAUCGGACCAACUGCGAUUUCGAGGUCGAUGAUGCUGAGGCACUUCUGAGCUCACGAUUUCGAGGAUUGGACAAUCGUGCACCUGCUGUGCAAAGCGGCCGCUCCUUGCCGAGCGCCGCCCAGAACGAUCAAGCCCGAACAUACUCCGGCAACUCAACUAAUACAGUGCUGCCGCAACGGCUACCAGCGGGCGCUUAUGGAAGUCUUGGCACCUUUCAU